AUGGCCACAAACACUACCCCUUCUACCAUCGACCUUGAAGAAACCAAACAUCACAACAACCAGCUGCUUGACGGUAUUGCAUACCAGCAACACGCCUUGGAAGCAUCUUUAGCCGCCUCAAAUCAGAAUUUCCAUGACCAGAUCGACAAGAUAAAUCAGAAGCAGAAAAAUAUGGAAGAAAAAGUUGAUUCUCUCAGCACCCUCCUCCAUAAAAUUGAUGCUAAAUUGGAAUCUCUCACUGUACAAUCAAGGUCAGAUCUGCAUUCUGCAGGUAAUUCUUCUUCCACCCCAUGGGUUCCUCCUGGUUUUGAAUCUUUUACUACUCAUACUACUCACCCUAUUAACGUGACCCUGCCCACACCAACACAACACACCAGAACUAGCCUACCUACUGUAACCCUAAACACACCUCCCCCACCACCAUUCCCACCCCCACCAUUCUACAACAGCCAAACACAACAACUACCCCAAUUUGCUGUUCAACAAUUCCCACCAUACCCCCACUCUAUACAACAAAACAGUUCCCCACAAAAUUCUCACACCACUCCCCACCAACACUAUCGAUCACCUAAAGUGGAAUUAAGCCAUUUCGAUGGAACUGACCCAUUAGAAUGGUUGUUUCAAUCUGAACAAUUUUUCUCUUAUUAUAAUAUACCAUGUUCAAAUCGUUUAUCUAUGGCUGCUUUUUAUAUGAAAGGCGAAGCAUUAGGGUGGUAUAAAUGGAUGUUUCAAAAUCAUCAAUUUUCUGAUUGGAAUUCAUUUUCAAGAGCAUUGGAAUUAAGAUUUGGUCCCUCUACCUAUGAAAAUCAUCAAGCUCAAUUAUUUAAACUUAGACAGCAUGGAUCUGUUGCUGAAUAUCAAGCCCAAUUUGAGAAAAUUAGUAAUCGGAUUUUGGGGUUACCACCAGAUGCCAUUCUAAACUGUUUUAUAUCUGGUUUGAAUCCAGAAAUUCGUGGCGAACUUGCAAUCCACCGCCCUACUGUUAUUUCCCAAGCAAUUGGAUUAGCCAAACUAAUUGAAUCCAAAAUCAAAGACUCAAAGCCCAAAUUUAAUAAACCAUUUUCAACCAAUGCUAUCACCACCAACAACACAGCUCAUACCCCUCCUAAACUACAACCAAACCUACCACCACAUAUAUCCCAAAACCACACUGCCCAAAAUAAUUCCUCCAACACAAAUCCCACACCAAAACUGCCAAUUCGACGGAUCACAAAUGCCCAAAGAGACGAGAGACGAGCUCAAGGCUUAUGUUUCCAUUGUGAUGAGAAAUUUAUACCGGGACACAAAUGCAAAACACCGCGAUUUCUAUUACUUAUAGCUGAUGAAGAAGAGAAUGUGGAUAUUGAGGAACCAACUACUGAAGCUGAACUGGAAACUACAGUUGACACUAAUGAGGCUUUUUUUCAACUAUCCACCCAAGCCCUCACUGGACAGUUUUCACCCCAAUCAUUGAAAUUUCAAGGACUCUUACAUGGACUAAUUGUUACUGUUUUAGUGGAUACUGGCAGCACCCACAACAUUCUCCAACCCCGCAUUGCAUCGCACCUUCAUAUCCCCACAAAAACUAUACCAAACUUUUCCGUCAUGGUUGGUAAUGGCUCUCACUUAGAAUGUUCAGGAUUCUGCCCAGAUGUUCCUAUUACCAUCCAAAACAACUUAUUUCAUAUUCCCUUUUACCUAUUGCCCAUUGAGGGCGCAGAUGUGGUCUUGGGAAUGGAAUGGUUGAGAACCCUUGGACCCCUCAAUGCAGAUUUCUCUAUCCCAAAAAUAUCUUUCAAACACCAUGACACCAACAUCACAAUAACCGGUGACUCAAAGAAUUUACCCACCCCAUCCACAUACCACCACAUAUGUCAUCUAGCACAUACAGACUCAAUUGCUGCCAUUCAUUUGCUUACAUUUCAACCCACAAGUGACACAGAACUCCCACCCCACAAUAAAGCCAAAGAAAGCCUAGACUCUCUUCUCACAACACUCCCAACCCCAAUCCAGCAAAUCUUACAACUAUACCCAAAUGUAUUUCAGCCACCACAUGGCCUACCCCCACCAAGGCCACAUGAUCACAAAAUACCAAUUCAACCACAAACUGCCCCAAUAAACGUCAAACCAUACCGAUACCCUCAUUCCCAAAAAGAAGCAAUGACAACCAUCAUUCAUGAUAUGCUCAAAGAAGGAAUCAUAAAGCCCAGCACCAGCCCGUAUUCAUCUCCUGUCCUACUUGUGCGCAAAAAAGAUGGCACAUGGCGUUUUUGUGUGGAUUAUCGAGCUCUAAACGCCGUUACUGUUCGGGACAGAUUUCCUAUCCCAACCAUUGACGAGCUCUUUGAUGAGUUAGGUUCUGCAUCAAUUUUCUCUAAGAUUGACCUUCGGUCAGGCUAUCACCAAAUUAGGGUCGUGCAAGAAGACACUCACAAAACAGCCUUCAGAACAUUUGAUGGACACUAUGAGUUUUUAGUUAUGCCAUUUGGUCUUACUAAUGCUCCUAGUACUUUUCAAUCUGCCAUGAAUGAUCUACUUCGCCCUUAUCUAAGACGGUUUGUUUUAGUUUUCUUUGAUGAUAUUUUAAUCUACAGUCGUUGUCUAAAUGAUCAUUUAUACCAUUUACGAUUGAUUUUAGAUUUAUUGUCAUCAAAUCAAUUUUUUGCAAAAUUUUCCAAGUGUGCCUUUGCAGUAGAAAAUGUUGACUAUUUAGGUCAUGCUAUUUCAUCUAAUGGUGUGACCCCAGAUCCAGAAAAGAUUCAAGCUAUCCUAGACUGGCCUAGGCCGCGUUCUCUCACGACACUCAGGGGUUUCUUAGGCCUCACCGGCUUUUAUAGACGAUUUGUUCGACAUUACGCCUCACUCGCCGCUCCACUCACUGAUUUAUUACGUUCCACUAAAUUUGUUUGGAAUACAGAUACAGAGCUAGCUUUUACAACUUUAAAGAAAAAAAUGACAGAAACUCCUGUGCUGGUCUUGCCAAACUUCUCCAAAACUUUCAUUGUGGAAACUGAUGCCUCCGCGGUAGCAAUAGGUGCUGUUUUAUCUCAGGAGGGCCACCCACUGGCAUUCUUCAGCAAGAAAAUGUGCCCGCGUAUGCAAGCUGCAUCUGUGUAUGUCCGCGAAAUGUAUGCCAUUACCGAAGCUGUAAAAAAAUGGCGUCAGUAUCUGAUUGGUCGACACUUUCAUAUAUUUACAGAUCAGAAGAGCUUAAAGAAUUUGUUGGUCCAAACCAUACAAACUCCAGAACAACAAAAAUGGGCCUCCAAAUUACAAGGAUUUAGUUUCGAGAUAUUUUACAAACCUGGGAAGGCUAAUCAAGUGGCUGAUGCUCUCAGUCGUCGACACACAGAAGAGGAAGCGGUCUUGUUCUCCAUCUCAUCACCCGUACCAACUAUCCUCAACAAUCUUCGGGAGUUUUAUAUGAAAGACAAAGCAGGGCAAACAUUAGUGCAACAAGUUGAAACAGACACACAAAUGCAACAAAGUUUCAGGCUUAAAGAUGGGUUACUUUACUUCAAAGAUAAAAUUUAUUUACCUGAUAUUCCAGAUCUGCGUAAAACUAUCCUCCGUGAGUAUCAUUGUACCCCAACAGCUGGCCACUCUGGAGUUCAGCCAACUUUAGCCAGAAUAUCUGCUUCUUUUCUUUGGCCAGGAAUAUACAAAGAUGUGACCCAGUUAGUUCAAACUUGUGCGACAUGCCAGCAAAACAAGUACAUGCCAAAGAAAAAACAAGGGUUAUUACAGCCACUUGAUAUACCCAAACAGGUAUGGGAAGACUUGUCUAUGGACUUUAUUACACACUUACCCCAGUCAUUUGGACAUACAGUCAUUUGGGUGAUUUGCGACCGUCUCACAAAAUUUGUUCACUUCAUCGCUCUCCCAACAAAAUUUACAGCACCAGCUCUUGCUUCACGUUUUUCGGUCGAGGUGUGUCGCCUUCAUGGUAUCCCAAAAUCCAUUGUAUCUGACCGAGAUCCAGUCUUUCUUAGUAGUUUUUGGAAGGAGCUUUUUCACCUACAAGGCACAACAUUAAAAUAUAGCUCAGCUUACCAUCCACAAACUGACGGUCAAACUGAGGUUGUGAAUAGAAGUUUGGAAGCUUACCUGAGAUGCUUCACCAGCGAAAACCCUCGACAGUGGUAUAAAUACUUGCACCUCGCUGAGUUCUGGCACAACACAGCUUUCCACUCAGCCAUCAAAAUGACGCCUUUUGAAGCAUUGUAUGGUCGCAAACCACCAUCUCUGCUGGACUACGUCAGCGGACAGACUAAUAUCAGAGAUCUGGACACUACUCUGCAGCAACGACAAGCAAUACUUGAUACUUUGAAGACCAACUUACAAAGAAGCAGACAACAAAUGGAGAUUCAAGCAAACAAGUCAAGAACAGAUUGUACCUUUAACUGUGGUGAUUUGGUCUUACUUAAGCUUCAACCUUAUCGACAAACAUCGGUGCAGCGUCGCGUUUCACAGAAACUGUCAAAGAGGUUUUAUGGACCCUUUCCAGUGCUCCGUCGUAUAGGCGCUGUAGCCUAUGAACUAGACCUUCCAGCAUCAUCUCGAAUUCAUCCGGUAGUUCAUGUCUCUCAGUUACGGGCUUACAAGGGUGAUGACCCACGCUCGCAUUUUACUCCUAUUCCUGCUGAUAUGAGAGGUAAAAAUAUUUUGGAAGGAACAGAAGUAGAAGAUACGUCUGAAGAACUUGAGAAAUUUAGAGAGAAACUCUCUCAAAGUACUUUCAAUGAAGGAGAGAAGUACAAUAACAACUCUGUUUCUGCGAGUGAACCUUCCAACUUAACUAAGACAAUAUCUCAUUUAUCUUCUCCUAUUCCCGAAAAUUCGCUGGCUAUUCGUACACCGUUGGAUGGUUCACCAGCUUUAAUUAAGUCCACAAGACCAUUGGAUCCUUCUGUGAUAACUGAAAAGCAAUUAAAGCCACUAUUUAUGGGACCCACGCGUGCAAGCUGUAUCACUCCUUCCCGUGUCGAAGAUUCCCAACGGGUAGAAAUUUUCACUCAAAAUGAGCUGGCUACUAUUCCCCAUAGUCACAAUGCGUGGGACUUUAAGUCCUCUUUCUCUGCCAACACGCCUUCCCAAGUAGCUCUUCCCAAGGCACAUGCAUCACCACAUGAUCUUCUCCCUAAAGAAACAAAACCAAUGGAUGAAAACACAUCAGCAAAGGCCAUUACUCCAUUGGAUCUACCUCCCAACUCAAUGAACAAAUAUGGAUCACAAUUGGACUCUAACAACAACCUUGAGGACAAGGUUCUCUUUGAAACGGGCGGCAAUGAUAGCGGGCUGGAUUCCAGGCCCAAAAGAACUAUUAGGAAACCUUUUUGGACACAAGAUUUUGUUCUUAAAUAA